AUUAAUAUAAUUUUUUCUCUUUUUCUUGAAAAAAAACUUGGACAUGCUAUUUACAGGCAGAAAACUCUGGGCAACCGUACUCACUGCAGUAAAUGCAACAUGGUGCAAGGACAGUUCUGUGGAGAUUGUUUAUACAUGAGGUAUGGGGAGCAUGUACUUGAAGCCAUGGAAAAUCCAAAUUGGGUUUGCCCUGUUUGUCGUGGGAUCUGCAACUGCAGUUUAUGUCGGACAGCAAAGGGAUGGCUUCCCACUGGCCAAAUUUACAGGAAGGUGUCAAGUCUUGGUUUCAGAUCUGUUGCACAUUAUCUCAUUCAAACCGGACGCUUGCAAACAAAUUUAGAAAAAAAUCAAGAUACUACAAAUCAAGUAAAGAGGUCACUGUCCUUUUCAGCUAUAGAGGGACCUCUUGAUGUAAAUGAUAAUCCCCAUAAAACAUCAGGUCCUCAGGCUGAGGAUGUCCAAGAUAAUGACUGGAAGGAUGAGAAAGAGAUUGAAGCUGUAAGCAACAUACCUACCAACAACGAGAAUUCUUUUAGGAGAUCAUUGUCCUUCUCUUUUACUGAAUCACAGGCUGAAAACAAGGAAGCUACUGACGUUGUUACUGAGGUCCAUGAUGACCACCUCAAGCUGUCAGACUCUCAAGUUGAAGAUAAGAGCAACGAUGCAAUGAAAAAUGAAAAAGAUAAGGAAUUGACAAUGACAGAUAAAGAGCAGUCUAGCAACAGCAUAGCAAUGGAAAGUAGCUCAAAAUCUAUGAGGAAGAGGCAAAGGCUCAUUACUGAGCCAAAUCCAGAUACUAUAGCUGGAAGGCUGCGACUUAGAAAAGUUAGUGCUAAUAGUGAUGAGAAGGUGGGAGAGGUGAAUAAGAAUGUCUUGGAUGUUAGGCAGGCUAUAAAGAACAUUCACUCAGACGAGGAAUCAGAGAAAGAGAAGAAUGUGCAUUUUACAGAUGACUGAGGUGAGGAUGGAAAAUCUACUUUUGCUGCUGACUCGGGCCCAGACAUUAGUUGUAGAAGGUUAAGUCAUAAAGACGAUAAUAAUGAAAUGGCUGCAAAAAAAAAAAAAGAUAUCACAUUUAUCACAGGAUAUCUCAUUGGGAAAGAAUAACACUGUUCAAUAAGCAUGGGCAUCGAGAGCAUUGCCGCUCUAGAUCGGGAUGCGUGGAACUGUCAUAUCUUUUUGGUAAUUUGGUAGAAGAUCAUCUUGCGAACCUUGCUAGUGCUAUUUGCAACAGUCAACUUUCUGAUACAGGUACAUUUUGGAUUUUCGAAAUUUAUUUAUAGUGUGAGCAAUGCUGGUUUGCUACUGUAAACUUUCUCAUCAGGCUCUUGUUAAGAUCUAAAAGCUGGCAUUCAGGGAAUUAUUUGUAUAGUUUUGCUUACAAAGAGGAAGGAAGAAGCUUAAGUUUGGGUUGAUAUGAGAAAAUGCAGUGGUGAACGGUGUAAUCAAAUACCCAUGAAGAAACCAAGCCAGUGUAGUUAAAGCUUAUUCUUGCAUUUUCUUCAAACCUUAGUGUGGCAUCAAUUCUUUAAGGAUCGUGUUGCAUUUUAGAACUACUACGGACCUGUUUGGCGCAUCUACAUUGCUUCAAUCCCUUCCCCUGCUAAUUUUUGCUGUUUAGAUUGGUGUUUUUUCUUUUAACCAAUUAAUUUCGAGAGAAAAAUAAAUCAUGUGAACUUGAAAUAACUUAUUGUGGCAUAUUACUGUUUUGUUUUAAGCCGAAACUAAAUAAGCUUUUACAGUU